AUGAUGCGGCUGCUGCUUCUCGCAAUCCUGCUCGAAGUCUGUUGGGGGCAAGAAAGCUUCGAGCCCAUCAACUUCCCUCCUCAGGACAGGCUGGUGGCGGGAACGCCAUUCCUAGUCAAGUACAGGUCAACCUCCACUGGCUACUGCAGGGUUGCUGCUCCUCCUCUCAUCGUGGUUUUUGUGCGUCCCAUCCUAUACAUCAGCCCGCCAAUUGCUUUUGAUCGAUCGGGCAUAGUCGCCCGCAGUGACAUGCAGGGUUGUCAGAACGGGGAGUAUCAAGCGCUUGUGACCAUCACCAUCGCUGCCAACUACAGGCAAGAGGUCUACCUGUAUGUCAAGGUCCCAGCCUCCGAGUCUGACCAGCCGAUCGCGCUUGACGGAAGUCCCUUCGACCUUGAUAUCUAUCCAGCUCCGGUUCAUUGGCCCUCACUGACCAUCAUCUGCGGCAGAGUGCAGGGCAGCCCCUGGCCUGACAGAUGCUCUGACGGCCUUGGGUUCGACCUCACCAUGGCAGGGGUGACGAUAGAGUUGAUGCUGCAGCCGUGCGAUCGCUACUACAAUCCCAUCUUUCAGUGCGUGAACGAUUUCCCCCCCUCUCAGAACAUCUCCCUUAGUGCCCUGGCCAAUCAUUCUCGCACCGAGGUUCACCAGCAGCCUUGCGACGGUUUGUGCCCUCACCAGCCCUACAACGAGACGAACGGGACGCUCUGCCACUCCUGUCCGAUGCUGACGACCUCCAACAUCUCUACUUCUUUGUCGUUUGAUGUAUUGCAAUGUGACCCAACUACCGGAGCCAUCCAGGCGUUUUACACGGCAACUCUUACUGGGAGGUACAGUCUGCAACUGUUCUUCAACGGGGUUCCGGUUCCCGAAGUAGAAUAUUACAGAGAUGAAGUCUCUGCAACCCUCGUGGUGAUGCCGGGCCUCGUAAAUCCGUCGACAUACAUAUCAGGCGGUCAAGAUCUAGUCUCUCAGUUUGCAAACUGGACUGGCAACGCAAUGGUACAACUGAAAGAUCAGUAUGGCAAUGACAGGCAGCAUGGGCUGCUGUAUGCAUUCCGAUUCAACAAAUCAGUGAGUUUCUUCAAUCAGGACCCUUCCUACAUAGCGCUCAAUAACAACGUGUCCCCCGACUUGCUCUGCCGUCUCAUGACGUCCGCAGGAUGCAAUCUGCUUGCCGUCAGGGAGAGCAUGCAGCGGAAAUAUCUCGGUGAAGGAGUCACAGCUGGCAUUGCUGCUGGGACAUCCCAGGACCUUGAUGCCCUGGUGACCCUCAUCAAGUCGAUUCCUCGGCAAGGGACUUGGAUUUCUCCAGCUGCGAUCGGAACGUCUGUGGUGAAGGAUAUGACCGAUGGAAGGUUUUUAGUCGCGUUCACGUUCCGGCAACCCGGCAUAUACAAGCUAGCGCUCUACACUCUUGGCUGGAGCAAUGUUGCUUACGAUACAGCAAAUCUUGGAAGUGUAAAUGAGAAAGGGAGGGAAAUAGUCAACCUGGCAAGAUUUUGCAUCAACACUUCACUCCCGGAGUUGACGGUGUGGAUCAAGACCAUGAAGUUGUGGUUGACAAGGAUGCGCAGCUCUCGAUCAUGCAUUCAAACGAGUGCCGAUGGGUCGUCGGAUCCCUUCUGGUUGGUCGACCUGCAGAUGAUCCGUGAGGUCCGCUUCCUCCGAGUCUUCAAUCGUCAUGACGAUGAUUCGUAUUACUCCACUCUGCUCGAUGGCUUUAGUGUUCACGUCGGUGACAAGGGAACCGCUCUCGAUCCUGCCUGCGCCACGAACGUGACCGUGGAAAGGGACACAGCAGCGUAUCUCGUCAUCCCUUGUCAUGUCUCUGGAAGGUACGUCAGCGUCAGACUACCAGGGCCCCGCAAGGUCCUCACCAUCUGCGAGGUGGAGGUGAUGGGGAUGGCUGGACGAAAAGUCUCUGCCGACGCAACCAAGGGCACAGCUCUCUUUGCUGCUGGACAGCGCCAGUGGAUUUCCCUCCGCGUCAUGUGGCCGCAGAUCCUUAUGUACUCGCAGAAAUGCCCCGAUGAGGUGCCCAAUGCCUACUUGAAUCCGUGGAGUCUGCCGGAAUCCUCUUUCCCCUCCACCUUCCUCACAGGCCUGCAGGAGAACAGCUUGUGCUUGAAUCGCACGAGUUGCCCUCCAGGACCGCCGCUCCCUGCUGUCUCCGUACAAUAUUCGGCAUGCCGGCGAGGUCAGAUCCUGCUCAACGCGAUGCCGACGAUCUCAGGACAGUACGCUUUCAUAGUGGACGUGGGAGGAAGCAUCGGAACCAUAAGAGGAAGCCCCUGGAGCAUGCUCGUCGUCGGAGGAAAGUCCGUCGCCUCCAUGGCCACCAUCACGUGGGAGGAUCUGACGGGAACAGGAUCGAUCGCUCUACUUGCAAGCAGCCUGACGCUGCAGGCACGAGACGCCUUCGGCAACCCCAACGCGGAGUGCGCGAGAGGAGUGGAGGGAAACUUGACGUAUCUGCCCCUCGAUUCCUCCCAGCGCCUCGAGUACGGGGGCAAGUCUGUACUCAACAUGCUCGACUCCUCUCCUACCUUCUGGCCCUUCUCCCAGUAUCCCGUCCCAGAGGCGAGCCCUUGGCUGCUCCUUGAGGUCGGUCAGUGCGAGAUGGGAAGGACCUCUCUCUCCUUCCUGGCCACCAUCUCGGGCUACUAUCGCAUCCACACCAGCAUCAACGGGACUCAAGUGCGCGGCAGCGGUCAGCGCAUCGAAGUCUUCCCGCUCUACAUCAACCUGACGGUGGGGGUAAACUCAGCAAGCAAUGCCGUGCGGGCCUUCUCUCCUCAUGGACGGUGGAGUUACUACCGGCUCCUGAUCCCCCCGGGGACCAUGGGCUUCCAAGUGAAGUCGACGCGGCUGGUGGACAGCAGGAUGCAAGGAGGGGAACCUUGGCUCUUCCUGCAGCAAGGCUCACCCCCCACCCAGCCCCGUGGGCCUUACACGGGGGUACCGAGCGCGAUGCUGUCCUCACAAGCUUGCUUCACCUGCAGAGUCAGCGUCCUCCUCCCUCAGUCUCCCUCCGACGAGAGCCGCGCAGGGAUGCGGCGAAGCUCAACAGCUGUCGGCAGCCUCGUGGGCGAUUGGUUCGUCGGAGUCUUCGGCGCGCAUGCUGCUGUCACGUACGACCUCACCUCCUUCAUCUACCCCAAGGUCAGCUUGCAGCAUGCAGUCAGUCACCGCGGGCAGCUGGAGGAGGCAGGGCAAUGGUACCUAUUCGACUUUGACUUGGGCUCGGGCCUUCUGCUUGAGGGAUACCAGUCAGCUCAAGUCGUCGGCUUCUCCUGCAGAGUGUCGCGCACAAACGGGAGGGGAAGGCUGGACGCGGCGAUCCAGAGAGCUGCUGAGGGAUAUCCCAACCUGCAGGACCAGACGCUGCAGUCGACUAUCGCCCAACGAUCGUGCGUUGACUGCGUCAUGAGCUACCCCCUGGCAGAGGCGAUGCCUCCCAGCGACUGGCAGUGGAAAAUGGCAGUGAUGUCAGUGGAGGAAGGAGUCUCCUUUGCUGCCACCUGCACCGCUCAGAUGUUGAGGACUCUGCAGUGGGGAGAGCAAGGGCUCCAGCGAGGCUACGUGGGUUAUCGAUCGCUCGACCAUGUCGCUGUCUACUUCGAUCAGAGCCUGUUCUCAGGUUUCAGGGUCCAGGUGAUCCCUUCGUCCGGGGCAGCAGACAUUCGUUCCCUGCUGAUGAAGGCUCGCAUGGCAGUGAGGAAAGAAGAAACGUUCUUUCCGGGCACAAACUGCGUCAACUGCAGGACUGUAGUGCAGAGCAGCACAAACCUGACAGACUUGUGGUACCUGACAGUGUACGGAGGGGAGACAGGAGGAUACUACAGCAUCUCCGCUCUCCUCAUGAUAACUUGCCCCAACGCGUGUAGCGGCAACGGAGUGUGCAGGAGGAAGUCGACGUAUUACUGUCUAUGCCAGCCAGGCUAUGAAGGAGUCGACUGCUCCCUUCCUAGCCCCGAGCGACUCUCACUGUCCUCCCUUGGCGUCAGUCCCUCCAUCUACCUCAACUCUCAAGACUGCGGCUCCUCCAUCAGCAUCCACUGUGUCAACGGGCAGGAGCGGUCAAUCCUGCUCAACGGCGGGUUCCUCCAGUCGCUCGGCAAGCCUCGGUCGCGCCUCAACUGUGUAGCAGGCGACAGGAUAGAAGAGGUGAGACUGGAGGCUUCAGGUCAGCCUCUCCCGCCCUCUGCUGGGGUUCCAAUCUGCCAGUCCUACGAGUGGGGCAGCGACUUUGCGGUCAUGGUGUGGGUGUACGCGGAUCGGACGAAGCCAGGGAACAACAGCGGAAUCACGUUGGGCUCGCGCCUGUGGACGGCGACGAUCUCGCCGGAGAACGACGAGGCAGCAUGGAGCUUCAUGCUUUCACUGCAGGGCCACCCGUCCGACGCCGUUGACGGCUACCUGGUCAACUUCGUGGUGAAUGAGGGAGACAGCAGGACUAACUUGCGCAUCGCCUCUGCACGCGACCUCGACUCGUUCCCUUCUCGCGGCGCCCCCGCGCCCUCGUGGGAGCCAACGCUGAGCAUGCAGACUUGGUAUCACCUGACGGGAGUGUACGCGCACGAUCGCAUCCAACUCUUCAUCAACGGGGAGCUGAUAGCAGAGCAGCGAAGAAAUUUCACAAAGAUGAGGCACGUCAAAGACUCGGUGCUACACAUCGGGCAUGACAGCCGAUAUCCUAUAAAACGCACGUCUAUUCUACGACUGGUAGUCACAGGAAACCUGAGAUAUGCAUUCCAGUCGAUCAUCCCCAUCACAAGUCAAACAGCUAUCUCUCACGAGCAUCAUCACAACAAGGGUUCUGUUGCUGCUCCCCUCAGCGCAUCUCAGUGGGACGACGGGACUUUGCUUCCCGACACUAUCAACCAUGCAGAUGCCUGCUCCGCAGCUCGAGCCCCCAACGAGCACUGGGAUGAAGUGAGCGGGACAGAUGCAGACAAGAAAAAGUUCAUCGCAUGUCGGUAG